GAACAAGCCAGGCAGUAUCUUGCUCACCUGACCUCGGAAUCAAACCUACGCGAAGAAUUACCCGCUCAAUUUCUCCGUUUAGCCAGGCGUGUGAUAAAUGAACGUCCUCGUUCCGACGCUCGUUGGCGUCACGCCUUCCCCAAUCGAAUUGCCAUCCAUACAGAUGCGCAGGGUACUCUAACUCCGGAAGGAUGUAUCGGCUUUCAGUUUGUCACGUCUGCUCGUUGUGUCGAACCCAUUUUACCACAAUCUCGUUUUGAUAUAAAAACAGAAUCGUUAACUCGAUUGGCGGAGUUGUGGAAGCUCACUAUCAGUACGGUCAACGCACCGCGCAGUGGUGUGAAUGUUUUUAUCCCACUGACUGACGUAUGUAGCAUUUUGGGCUAUUGUCUACCAAGUUCGGAACACCAUCUAGAGUCCGGCGAAGACGGUUCGUCGAUGUCUGCUUUCUCUACACACACCCGUCGAUGGAUGGCUGGGGAAAAGGAGUUACACGAGACGCAUGAACAAGUGCUACCCACUGAACCGAACAUUCAAGACGGCCUGGGCGAGGCGGAGAGAUCAGCAUUAUGUUCGUUUGCGUCUUCAUUGGCUGAUGAAGACAAUAAUGCGAUUGAAUCAUUUGCAACCCGUUUGGUCAAGCAGUUCGAUCCGGAUAAAAUUUUGCGCGCUGCUGAUGACUGUCCCCUCGACAAUAUCGGCACGGAUGCCAGCGUUCACAUUCUGGCCGGUCUAGACGUGGCCGGUGAGCUGGUUGAAUUUACUCGCGGAUUACACGCUAAGCUAUCCCGUGAUCCUGAGGUUCGUCUGCAACCGGUGUUCCAGGCUGUUGCAAUGGAGGCAGGAUUUUCCGCUAACUGUCUGCAAGUAGUUGGACCCCAAGAAGCAGUUAUGCAAACAGUAAGUUCUAAGGCUUUUGCUUUUGAUAGACGGUCCUUCUUAUAUCUUGUCAUAGUUAUGGAUCAUAACCAAAGAGAGAAAGAAACUGUAGUUUGA